GUCUUCUUUUUGGAGACCUCCAGGGCAAACACAGAAGAAGAAAUGCUGUAGGCCAUAGAUGUCCACCAGCAAGAAGUGGCCAUCGCUGCGUGGCAGACAACGCCAACUUGUAUGUGUUUGGAGGCUACAAUCCUGACUAUGAUGAGUCUGGUGGGCCAGAGAAUGAAGACUACCCGCUCUUCAGAGAACUCUGGCGGUACAACUUUGCUACAGACACCUGGCAUCAAAUGGGCACUGAAGGCUACAUGCCCAGGGAACUAGCUUCCAUGUCACUUGUAUUGCAUGGUAACAACCUGCUUGUGUUUGGGGGCACUGGGAUCCCCUUUGGGGAGAACAAUGGCAACGACGUCCACGUCUGCAACGUCAAGUACAAAAGAUGGGCUAUGCUCAGUUGCCGAGGAAAGAAACCCAAUCGAAUCUAUGGCCAGGCCAUGGCCAUCAUCAAUGGUUGUCUCUACGUGUUCGGAGGAACAACUGGUUAUGUUUACAGCACUGACCUACAUAAACUAGACCUCAACACUAGAGAGUGGAUCCAGCUGAAACCAAACAGUAUGUCCUGUGACAUGCCAGAGGAGAGGUACAGACAUGAAAUCGCACAUGAUGGUCAACGGAUUUAUGUCUUGGGAGGUGGAACUUCCUGGACAGCUUAUUCCUUAGAUAAGAUCCAUGCGUACAACCUUGAAACCAACACCUGGGAGGAAAUUGCCACAAAACCUCAUGAAAAAGUUGGCUUCCCAGCAGCCAGAAGAUGCCAUAGCUGCGUUCAGAUAAAAAAUGAUGUGUUCGUUUGUGGAGGCUAUAACGGAGAAGUGAUUCUGGGAGAUGUUUGGAAGCUGAAUCUGCAAACUUUCCAGUGGGUCAAGCUCCCAGCUGCCAUGCCGGAACCAGUGUAUUUUCACUGUGCUGCUGUCACACCAGCUGGCUGCAUGUAUGUUCACGGAGGGGUGGUCAACAUCCAUGAAAACAAACGGACUGGCUCUCUGUUUAAAAUGUGGCUGGUGGUACCCAGCCUGCUGGAACUGUCGUGGGAGAAGCUGCUGGCAUAUUUCCCUCAUCUAGCAACUCUCUCCAGAUGUCAGCUUUUGCACCUUGGACUGACGCAGGGACUCAUCGAGCGGCUAAAAUGAGAACAACUCAUGCUUCUGUCCAAGACAUACUACAUCCAAGAAGCCCCCUCC